GUGUAUACAGCUGUCAGUCGAGUGCAUUUACCAAUCAAAAUUAAAAAUCGGCUGAUACACAAAAUAAAUAAAGCAACAAAAGAACACGAGAAAAUAGAACAACUGAGAAAAUGGAUUCAGUGGAUUCAUCGAAUCCAACAAAGUUUAUGUGCAGAGUUUGUGGCGAGGCUGGCCAUUAUGAUUUGUGGGAAAUGAAAUUCCGGUGCAACGACACAGAUGUUAUGCUAAUUGAGGCGUUCAACAGCUUUUCAAGUCUAAGCAAUGAAUCUGCGGAGAUUUAUUUGUGUGAAUUAUGUACGGAAUCGCUGACAUUAGCCUAUUCAUUUUGGCAACAAGUCAAGGAAUCGGAUGAAAAAUUCAUGAAAGAAUCAGAGAAAAAAGAAGAACAACAAAAUGAAACCGAAGCUGAAGAGAAUCGAAUGAUAGAAUUUGUUGACAUUGUUCCCGAGCAAUUGAGCAAAACCGAUUCAUUAAGCACGCCAGUCAAGCGAAAAAUACGUAAAACCAAGCCAAAGCCAAGUGAAUCACCGGAUACGAAUGAGAAAAAAAUUGGAGUAAACAUUGCCUUACCACAUUUUGUAAUCGCAAAUGCUGAAUUUGAUGAGCAUGAAACGCAGGACACCAUCGAAAAUGGUAUUAAAAAUGGGGAUGGCGACUCACAAUCGGAUUCGGAAUCGUAUCGUAAAAAAAUCAAAACGUUAAAACCAUCAGCCGUUAUACCACCGGAUUUGGAUAAAAUCAAUGAACUGUGCAUGUCACCGAUGGAAAUUGACGGUGAUACACAAUCAAUUUACAAAUGUAGCCAUUGUCCAAAAGCGUUUGCCGCUCCGCAUCAUCUUAUGAUUCACAUGAGAAAGUCACACAUGUGCCAAUACUGUUUGGCCACAUUUGCCAAAAUCAACGAUCUCUACAGCCAUGUCAAAGAGAUGCAUAAAACUUUUGACUGCCUGCUGUGCAGCAAAGAGUUCCAAUCGAAUGGCAAUCUAAGGCAGCACAUGCGAAAGAACCACUCCAUCUUCUUACCCGCGCACAUAUCGCUUUUAAACAUAAGUGAUUUAAAUCAAUGAACACGAUUUAAUUAUUAGUUUUUUUUAUUGUAAAAAUGUCAUUAAUAAAACAAUUGUAUUUGUCAAGCGUUAAACAAACACAAAAAUUAAAAAAAAAGAAGAAAAAAAUAAAGCAAAGAAAUAAAAUUACAUAAAA